AGCAGAUUAGAUAUAUUGACUGAAUUGUAAAUAGAGUCAAGAUGCAUUCUGAUAGCUCGUUCCACUCUGUUCUGCAUUGUUUCAGUCCGUUUGGGCAAAAUAUAGUGGGUCACGUGCUCUCCUGUAAUCCACUAUAUUAAUCCAAUCACAGCGUCUGUAGUUUAUCAAUUUUCACCCCUAUGGAGAAUAACACACUUUGGUGGCAUAACACAACUAUCCAAUACAACCCUAAGCCAUAAAGAACAUGAACGAAUUCCUCUCAUCCCUCGGCCACCCGGUCGAGGACACCGAAGAGGAAUCCUUCCUCCUAUUCGCCCAAGAAAUCCCAACCAGCAAUCUAGGCUUUGUUGACUCUCGCGCGCACUCCCUCGAGGUCACCAUCCACGGGAACGAGUAUACCAUCCAGCAGUCGCCUUCGUUACUUUCGUCAUCGAGGGCGGGUGGUACUACUGGUGCGGUUUUGUGGAAGAUAACACCACUUUUUGCGGAAUGGAUCUCGGGGCUUACUUCGAAUCCGCUCUGGACGCAUCUUGAUUCACCAUUGCAACCGGCUGUGGGGAAGACGGUUGUUGAGCUUGGGUGUGGGAUAGCGGGGCUUGUGGCGCUUUCUUUAGGGCCUUUGGUGCAGCAUUAUGUUGCUACGGAUCAGGAAUAUGUGCAUCGGUUGUUGAGGGAGAAUCUUGAGGAGAAUAAAAGCAUUGUGUAUAAGCAGAAGUCCGGGGGCUCGAAAGGAAAAAGUGGAAAGAAGAAGGGAGCGUCAAAGCAGGCACAGUCUGACGAGUCGAACAUCUCGUUUACCUCGCUAGAUUGGGAACUAGAUGCACCGGAUUUAUUGAAGAAGAGUGUCGGUAUAGCAUCCGAAAACGACGAUGAGGAGGAUAAUGGCUUCGACCUGCUUCUUUCAUGCGAUUGCAUCUACAACGAAGCCCUCAUCGUGCCCUUUGUUCGGACCUGCGCGGAUAUCUGUCGUUUACGGCCUGCAUAUCAUCCUGAGAAAGCUGCUGACGAGAGGGGGAAGAAUCCUACGAUCUGCAUAAUCGCCCAAAAACAGCGCACUCCGGAUGUAUUCGAGGCGUGGUUGGAAGAAACACUCAAGAUAUUCUGGGUCUGGAGGUUGAGUGAUGAGAUUCUGGGGGAGAGAUUAAAGGGUGGAACCGGGUAUAUGCUUCAUUUACUAGUUCUCAGGGAUGAUGCAUAGCUCUGUUAUCUAGAUAAAUCGGUUCAUAAAUAUGUUAAGCUGAAUGUGCAAGUAGAUGACAAAAUUAUGCAAAACAAACUGCCUCCGUCUAUCAA